CACCUGACUGCGUAGGUAGCCAGCAACCAGCUUACCCCAGUCAGUCCCAGUCGACUGAGCACCGCGGCAACUUACAUACAUAUUAUACGUGUGGUGUGGAUACGGACACAAACUCAAGAUGGACGAGGAUUACUGGUGUGAUUUUGUCGCUGGAUGGAUUGGGGGGUGUGCUGGACUGUUAGUUGGACAGCCAAUGGACACUAUCAAAGUACGACAACAAGCACUGACUAAAGUGUCCUCAAAGACUUCCAUCAUAAACAUCUUCAAAUAUGAGGGAAUACGAGGAUAUUAUAAGGGUUUGAGCUUUCCGUUGUUAGCAGCGGGUACCCUUAAUUCUCUCUUCUUUGGUGUCUAUGGCAACAGCAUUAGAUGGUUAUCUGGAGAUAAGGACAAGCCAUCAACUUCUAAUGUCUACAUAGCUGGCUGUGCUGGAGGAGUUGCACAGCUAAUAGUAGCAUGUCCAGUAGAUUUGGUCAAAAUUAAAAUGCAACUGCAAUUGGGCGCCUCAAAAGAAGUGUGGGGAAAAUUUAUGGAGACAAACUACAAAGGACCAAUUUCAUGCUUUCGAAAGUUGUACAAAAAUGGUGGUAUCAGUAGCUGCUAUACUGGUAUUACUACUAUGUUUCUCAGGGAUGUGCCUUCAUUUGGCAUAUAUAUGAUGCUCUAUGAAACAUUCAUGAGAAAUACUUGUGGCUCAGAUCGAAAUGCAAGUCCAGGGGCUGUGAUACUUUGUGGUGGCAUGGCAGGGGUGAUAUCUUGGGCUUCAAUAUUACCACUGGAUGUUGUCAAGUCUCGAAUCCAGGCUGAUUGCCCGAUUAAUCCUCAGUACAAGAAUUUAUGGGACUGUUUGGUGAAAAGCUACAAGGCAGAGGGCCUUCAGGUUUUCACAAGAGGAUUCUGGAUGAUGUCCCUUCGUGCCUUCCCAACCAAUAGUGCCAUCUUCUUUGGCUAUGUGACAUCCCUUGAUCUUUUAAGGAGCAUUAGUUCACAAGGAUAAUAAAAUAAAUAUCUACUGAUA